UCUCAUUACACAGUAAAACUUCUCUUUGCUUUGUAAUUGUACCCUUCUCUCCAUAUCCCCUCUUCUCUCUUUCUAGUUUCUGUACUCUCUCUCUCAGUUCUCGAGCUCUGCAUAAGCGCUGGCCAUGUUUGCGUGUCUCGCGGACUACCGUAGCUUAUGCAGAGCCCCUCUCCCAAUUGGGUACCUGUACCUCUAUCUGCUACUCUCUUCUGCCUUCAUUGCACAUGCACAGGUGCUGGACCCUUGUACCGCAGCCACAAAUUGUGGGCCUGGCCUUUUCUGCGGAAACUGUCCCGCUUUGGGCAAGAAUCAACCCGUCUGCACCAGAGGCCAAGCUAUCAUUCCCACCACUAUUAUUGAUGGGUUGCCUUUUAAUAAGUACACAUGGUUAGUGACUCAUAAUUCGUUUAGUAUCGUCGAUGCACAGCCUUUGCCGGGUGUUCAAAGGCUGACAUUUUAUAAUCAAGAAGAUACUGUGACUAAUCAGUUGAGGAAUGGCGUAAGGGGACUGAUGCUGGAUAUGUAUGAUUUUGAGGACGAUAUCUGGCUAUGCCAUUCAUUUCGAGGGCAAUGUUUCAACUUCACAGCCUUUGGACCUGCAAUUAACACCUUGAGGGAAGUCGAAGCAUUCUUGAGCGAAAAUCCAACUGAGAUUGUGACCAUUAUAAUUGAGGACUAUGUGCAUACCCCAAAAGGGUUAACAAAUCUGUUCACUAAUGCUGGUUUAGAUAAGUAUUGGUUUCCUGUCUCCAAUAUGCCCAAAAAGGGUGAUGAUUGGCCCACUGUGACUCAGAUGGUGCAAAACAAUCACCGGCUUCUGGUUUUCACUUCUAUUGCUUCAAAGGAAGCAGAGGAAGGUAUUGCUUACCAAUGGAGGUAUAUCUUGGAGAAUGAGUCUGGAGAUCCUGGGGUAAAGCCAGGCUCAUGCCCGAAUAGAAAAGAGUCAAAGCCACUGAAUUCCAGAAGUGCGUCUCUUUUCCUAGAGAAUUACUUCCCAACAUAUCCAGUUGAGAGUGAAGCUUGCAAAGAGCAUUCGAUUCCACUUGCUCAGAUGGUUGGCACCUGUUACAAAGCAGCGGGGAAUAUGAUGCCCAAUUUUUUGGCAGUCAACUUUUACAUGAGAAGCGAUGGUGGAGGUGUUUUUGAUGUUCUGGAUAGAAUGAAUGGCCUGUCGUUGUGUGGUUGUAGUACUGUGACUGCCUGCCAGGCAGGAGCGUCUUUUGGAUCUUGCAAGAAUGUUUCUGUACCUAGUACAAGUCCUGUAACAACUGCUACGGGAAGCUUUUCAGGAUCUGUUCAGUUUGCAAGAUCUGCAUCAACAAUCCAUUCUCCAAUUUUUGUUGUUCUAUACUUGUGUUCUCUUCCAUUGAUUGCAUUUAUAUUUCGAAUGCAAUGAGUGAUUUAUGGGGUAGACGGUUGGAGAGCUACUCCUUCAGUUAGACAGUUAGUGGGCCACUCUUUGGUAGAGUUUAUAGCGUCAGUAUGUACUCUCCAGUCAGAACUGGUGUAACAAAUCCCUGUCUUAUAGAGAAGGUGAAGAAAUACUUGCCAGAGAUAUGAAGUGUGCUUGUGAACAAAGAACUUUCGAGAUUCUUAUAUGGAGCCAAAAAGUAAGGAGUGGCAAGAGAAUUUGAGGUAGAUGAUGGCCAAGGGAGACCUGGAAUGUCUCAAGAAGUGGUUCAGGUAUGCAGUGUGCUUCGUUAUGAGAUUUCCCUCAUCUUUAAGAUAAGACAUUUUCACGCCUUUUUCUUUGCAGCAGCAAGCUUUGUCUUGUUUUUUUGUGUUUUGCAUCUGAUCGGGAUAUGGCAUCUACACAAUCCUUCACGAUGUGAUCUUAAACAUAUUUAAAAACAUCCGAAAACAUAUUUAUUGCAUAAUCGGUCCAACGAGUUUUCCUAAGCAAACUCACCUGGAGCCGAUUAACUUUGUCAUAAUUUCUUCUCUAUCUCAUGAUAACGUAGGCAACCUCUUCAGUUAUAAAAUUGUUGUUUAUAAUGUCAGAAAUGACGUCUAUAAACAUUUUGGCUGUUUACGAUAGUUAAUGCAUUUAAACGCUAAUAUGUUUCAAAUUCUUGGGUCUGCUAUAGUGAGGGAAACCUCUUCAGUUUAUGUUGUUUUGGGCGAAAUUUUAUGAGGCGGCUGCUGGUUGCCGUCAAAGACAACUAUUGACUUCAUUUAGAACGACCUUUUUUUUUUAAAAAAAAAAAAUCCUUUUAAUUUCAUGUCUGAUUUUUAUUUCUUUUAAAAAUGAUAUUUUUUCAAGUUAAAAAGAGUUAAUUCCUUCAUUCCAAAUAAAAUAAUUGACAAAAAAUGAAAUUAAUUUGAAAGACCGAUGCUCAAAUUCUUUAAAAUAGCUUGGAAUUUCUGUACAAAAACAGAGAGAUCAGAUGAUCUGUAGAUGGUCAGGUAGAUGAUCAGACGAAGUGUGAUGACUUGUCAAUGGUGGUUUGCUGAAGGGUUGACCUGCAUGAUAGAAGCAUUGCUGAGUAAGGCAGGCCAAUGUCAGGGAUGCUCGCAGGGCUGGAGGAGUUUGGAUGCUCGUCAAGGUAGGCAAGUUGUGCAAGAGAGCUCGGAUGCUUGGAAGCUUAUAAGGCAGGAAGGAAAGCCCGAAAACUCAAAAACUCGCUAAGGCUUGAGGAUUUGGAAAUUCAAAAGGCUAGAGGAUGAAAGUAGCUCGGAAGCUUGAAGACUCGUCAGACAAAAAUAGUCCGGAUGCAGAAAUUUAGAAUGUCCGGAAGUUCUGAAUGCACAGAUUUUUCAAAGUGCUCGAAAAGUCUGAUGUGCAGUUUAUUUUUAGAUUGUGUGAUGGUUCGAUUCUUAAUAUGGAGGAGGAAAUAAAGUCAUUGAAGCAAAAUAACUCUUGAAUUCUCAUAAAAAAAACCUGAAAAGAAGAAGGUUAUAAGUGUAGAUGGGUUUUGAAGAGAAAGUCGAGUAUUUCAGGUGUGGAACAACACAGAAAGCCGAGCAUUUCAGGUGUGGAACAACACAUAUUCAAAACAAGACCGGUUGCUAAGGGUUUUUCAUAGGUAAAAAGCAUAAAUUAUAAUGAAACGUUUUCUCUUUUGAUGAAAUAUGUUUCAAUCCGGGUUCUGUUAUGAUUAGUGGUAUAUCAAAAUCUAAAAUUAAAACAAAUGGAUGUGAAGGCCACGGUGUAAGAACUUUGAAAGAGCAAAUUUUCAUGAAACAAUUAGAUGGUUUUGAAAAAAAAAGGAAAACAAAUGGGUUUGUCAGCUUCAAAGGUCUCUUUACGGUCUAAAAUAGUCGCUUAGAUAAUGAAAUUAGAGAUUUUAUUCGACAAUACAUUUCAGAGAAGUAAUUUUGAUUUCUGUAUUUAUUUCAGAAAGCUUUUUGAAGAUCAAUUUAUAAUAUAUCUAAUGAUAUAUGUAUGACAUGGUGAUAAUAACAAAGGAUCAAUCAGAGGUCAAGAGAUUGAAGGAAACGUUGGAAGCAGAAUUUGAUACGAAAAAUUUAGGGUCUACAAAGAAAAUUUUGGGAAUAAAUAUUCAGAGAGAUAGAAUUGGAAAUCAAUUAACUCUAUUUCAAGAGGAUUACGAGCAGAAUGUUUUAACAACAUUUGGAAUGGACUAAGUUGAAAAAUUUUGAGAGGAAUUUUUUAUUUUACUCCAAUUGAAUUGAUUUUUACAAUAUUUGAGUAUUUAUAUACAAAGAAUCAAUAAUUGAAAUUAUGAAUAUUUACAAUAAGAAUAAAAUCUCUUAAAUCAAGUCUAAUUAGGAUUUCAAAUAUUUGAAUUUUCCUGAUUAGGAAACAUAAACUUUUAUGUUGGUCAACACUCUUCUCAAGUUGGUGCAUAUAUAUCACACAUGUCUAACUUGGGCAAACUAAGGUAUGAUAGGUCUUGUUACUAGCCCUUUGGUAAACAUAUCAGCUAGCUAUUCAUCGGAAGUCACAUGAUUUGAUUUCAAGACACUAUUUAUUAACUUCUCUUUGAUGAAGUGUCGAUCAAUCUCUAUGUGUUUCGUUUGGUCAUGUUGAACCGGAUUGUGAGCUAUACUGAUACCAGUUUUAUCGUCACAGUACAAGAGGAGUUUGCCCUCUCCAAUAGUUUCAAUUCCUCUAAUAAUCUCUACAACUAUAGGAGUUCACAAACCCCUUAUGUCAUCACUCUAUAUUCCACCUCAGCACUUGAUCCAGCAAUAACACUUUGCAUUUUGCUUCUCCAAGUAAUAAAGUUUCUUUCCACAAGUGUACAGUAACUACUAAUCGACCUUUUAUCAUCAAGGGAUCCAGUUCAAUCUGCAUCUGUGAAUGAAUGUGUACAAAGAUGACCCUAUUUAGAGAAUAGGAGACCUUUUUCGGGAGUAAACUUUAAAUAUAGUAAAAUGCGAAAGACAACUUGCAUGUGAGACUCACGAGAAUCAUAUAUGAACUGACUGAUUAAGCUGACUGCAUAUGCUAUGUCUGAUCGAGUAUACAAAAGAUAAAUCAAUCUGUUUACCAAUCUCUGAUAUCUACUCAUAUCAACUGAUUAACUAAUAUCUACUUGUUGUUUGUGAUUGCUAUUAAUGGGAGUUUCUACUAGUUUUCAACUUAACAUACCAGUUUCUUCUAAAAGAUGGAGUUUCUACUAGUUUUCAACUUAACAUACCAGUUUCUUCUAAAAGAUCUAAAAUGUAUUUUUUCUGAUAAAUAAAGAUUUUCUUCUUUAACCUGACAAUCUCGAUUCCUAGAAAAUAUUUCAGUUUUCUUAAAUCUUUAAUUUCGAACUCCUGAUCCAAAAGCUUUUUCAAUCGAGUCAUUUCUUCAAUGUCAUUACUAUGUCAUCAAUAUAGACUAUAAGAAGAGUAAUUUUACUCUUAUGAUGUCUAAUAAAUAGGGUAUGAUCAACAUUGCUCUGUUGAUAGUCAAAGGAAAUUAUUGCUCUACUGAAUCGAUCAAAUCAAAUUUUGAGUGGCUGCUUUAAAUCAUACAAAGCCUUCUUUAACCCUUACUUUUCCUUGCGUUUUUUCAUCAGCAAAUCCAAGAGGGAAUUUCCAUAUAUACUUUCUCUUCUAAGUCUUCGUGGAGAAAUGCAUUUUAUUGUAGAUUCCAGUCAAGGUUGACAGCAUAAGAUAGCAAUACGCUGAUUGAGUUCAUUUUGUCAACAGGGGCAAAUGUCGCUUGAUAAUCCACUCUAUAGGUUUGAGUGUAUCCCUUAGCCACUAGUCUAGCAUUGAAUCUUUCAAUUGAUCCAUCUGCUUUGUGUUUCACAGUAAACACUCAUUUGUAGCCAACAAGUUUCUUCCCGGGUGGGAGAGUGACAAGCUUCUAGGUUUCAUUUUUGGUCGGUGGUUUCAUCUCUUCAAUCAUUACUCCUUCCAUUUAGAAUUUGUAAGAGCUUCCUUCUAAUCCUGUGGAAUAGACACAGAGAAAAUAGACAAGGUAAAAGCUCUAUAGAAUGGAGACAAAGAAUCAUAAGAUAGAAAGUUAGAAAUAGAAUGUUUUGUGUAAGAUCUUACUUCUUUUCUUUGAGCAAUUGGUUUAUUUAGAUCAUUAUAGGGCUCAAGGUUUAGGAAUGACUUGCUAAAUAGAGAAGAGGAAGAUUCAUGACACUGUGUAGGCUGCAUAAUGACUUUUUCUGUUUAUAUUUUGUCUCUUCUUGAGUAUUUUCUUAAAUAUGAUUUAUCCAAACGCCAAAUUUGGUCGCCAAUAGUCUCCAUGUAUAAUAGUCUCCUGAUCACCAAUAGUCUCCCUUUGUAUAGUAGUCUCCUUUAGAGUAAAACGUUCUAGAAUUAUAGGACUAGGAAUCAUCUCUUCUCUCUCAUUAUCCUCCUCAUGAAGAGGUGAUGGGAUAGUAUUGAAAUAAGGUUCAGUCUCUUUAAAUAUAACAUCCAUACUGACAAAGUAUUUUCUAGAUGGAGGGUGGUAACACUUGUAACUCAUUUAUGUGGGUGAGUACCCAACAAACACACAUUUAAUAACUCUCGGAUCGAGCUUCCCACUUGUCCUAAUAUGAAUAAAAUACGUGCAUUCAAAAACUUUUGGUUAAAACAAUAUAAGCAUUUUUCCCUUGUAGCACCUCUUAAGGGCUUUUAAAGGCAAGAGUUUUGAGACACAUUCUAUUAAUGAGAUAAACUGCAGCUAAGACUGCAUCUCACCGAUAGGUUUUUGGAAAGUUCAUGGUGAAAAGGAGAGAUCAGACUACUUUCAACAGAUGUCUAUUUUUUCCUUCAACAACAAUAUUUUGGACACUAGUGUAAGAACAACUAGUUUGAUUCAGUAUUCUAUUAGACUCUAUAUAAGCAGAAAAACGACCAUUCAUGUACUCUGUACCAUUAUCAAUUCUCAAAACUUUUAUCUUAGCAUCAAAUUGAAUACAAAUUAUCUUGUGAAAAGAUUGAAAGCAAGAAACCACAUCACUUUUUGCCUUUAUCAAAUAUAUUCAAGUAAUGCGAAUGCAACAAUUAAUAAAAGUAACAAACCAAUGAUUACCAGACAGUGAGACCGUUCGAGUAAGUCUUCAAACGUUAGAAUGAAUGGUCACAAAAGGGAUCAUACUUCUAUUGUUACUAGAGGGAUAAGAAGUUCUUGUAUGCUUAGUAUACUCACAAGCAUCAAAAAUUAAAGAACCACAUCGAGUCUUGAAAAAUAAAUCAGGAUAAAAUUUCUCUAAAACAAAGAAGGAUGGGUGUCUUAACCAUCGAUGCAACUGUAUAAUUCCUGGUUGACAUCCUGAUUUCUUCCAAAAAGAGUUCGAGGCAAAUUCAAUCUCAGAUUUCCUUCCAACAUAUAUAAGUCAUCGUGUAGUCUACUAUUGUCAAUUCUCUUUCUAGUUUGAAGGUCCUGAAUAACACAAUAGUCAGGAAAAAUUUAAUUUUACAAUUAAGUGUUUUGGUGAGAGCACUAACAAAUAAAAGCUUAACACAGAAACAAGGAACAUGAAGAACAGAUGAUAGCUUGACAUUGACAUUUAGAGUACAAACAAUAGAACCGGAUUCAAAUAUAGGAGUGGAAGAACCAUCUACGAUGUGAUGCGAUUCUUACAUUGUCUUUUUAUAGACAUGGAAGAUAAUUAAGAAAGCCUUCAAAGGAGCUUGUCAUAUGUCUAUCUGCACAAAAAUCAAUGAUCCAUGGAGCAGAAUCAAGAGACGAAAUGUAAGCAUUAUCAGAAAUCCUUACAUUACCCACACAAGUUACUGCCAUUUUUUUUAAAAAAAAAAUCAUUUUUCUAUCAAAAACAGUAGAAAAUUAUAGUUACUGAAGAAAGAAAAAAUUAUUGUUCACCGGUGAAAAAGGCACGGGUCCAGCAAAUUAGAAGCGCGACUUGAAGGCGAGUUUGCCAGAAAGUAUCAUUGCCGGAAAAACCAUCGAAAAAUGUCUUCCACGCCGGAAAAAUGUGAACCAAGUCACAAGUCUACACAAGUCAGAGGCGUGACUUGAAGGCGAGUUUGCUGAAAAGGAUCGCCGCUAAAAAAGACCAUAAAAAAAUGUCACACACGUCGGCACAUGGGAAAGACGCAGAAUCUUACAAGGGCGUGUGAGCCUCACACGCGUGGCUUUCCAGCAUCGGAGCUAGACGACUAGUCGAUAACGGUCUGGCGAUCCUGCUAGUGGCGGCGGUGAGAUGAGAAAAGGUUCUUAUAUAGGAUAGUACCAAAAAGGUAGAUCUAGAGUUUUAGAAAUCCUAAAAAAAAAAAAAUUGAAUUUAAA